AUGGCAGUGGAAUAUUUGGAUGGUCCUUUUGUGUUCAGGCUCAACGACAAUGGUACAGGACCGCAUCUUCUCAUACAGGUUUGUACGGAACGUGGCUGGAGAGAAUAUACUGGUGAAAAUAAUGUAUUCAAAGAUCGAUGGAAUUUAUGGUGGCGGUCCGGUGGUUUCCCCUUACCCCAUUACAAACUAUUACUUCCAUGGCAGUUCAUCAACAGAAUUCCAAAAGGGAGCUCGAUUUGUAGGAAAGAUAAUCUUAUACGCCAUCUUAGAUGCAUGAAGAAGAUGCACGGUUCGAUCUACGAUUUCAGUCCUGUAGGAUAUAACUUGCCAUCGGAAUAUACUAAAUUAGCAGAAGAAUGCAGUCGUUGCGAGCAUGAUAGAGUGUGGAUUUGUAAGCCAGUUGGCCAGAGUCAAGGAAAAGGAAUCUUUCUAUUUCGUAAAUUAAGCGACCUUACGUACGACAAUGCAGCAGUGGUGCAAAGAUACAUUGAGAAUCCCCUUUUAAUCGGGGGCUACAAAUUCGAUCUACGACUGUACGUGUGCGUACCUUCCUAUCGCCCUUUAACGAUAUACUUAUAUAAGGAAGGAUUAACACGUUUCGCAACUGAAAAAUUUUCGUUAGAACAUUUAAACGAUCCGUUCCGACAUCUCACUAAUUUUUCCUUGAACAAGUUGGGUCCAGGAUAUUCUGAGAAAAAGGAACGCGUUGGUUCUGGUUGCAAAUGGACUUUUAGACAAUUGAGGAGAUACUUCGAACAAGUUGGUUACAACGAUUGGUUCCUGUGGCAAAGGAUUGCCUGUUUAGUUAGUUUAACAAUACUAAGCCAAGCUGCAAGAAUACCGAAAUCUUCCAAUUGCUUUGAAUUCUUUGGAUUCGACGUACUAAUUGACAAAAAUUUAAAACCAUGGCUAUUAGAGGUCAAUCUUAGCCCAGCUUUAAGUAACGACUGCGAGAUCGACUGUGAAGUAAAGAAACCAUUGCUGCAUGAUUUAUUCGAUUUAUUAGGUCUUCCAAUAUGCAACACUGGACUCUCUCUUUUUACGAUAUGGACAACAAGCCCAAUUGAUGAUGCGGUCGAAGUGUCUUCCAAGUUUUGUACAAAUCGAGUCAUCAAAAAAAGAUCGAGAACAUAUCGGGAAACUGAUGGUUUCUUAAAUAUAUGCACGGAACUUCGGCCUACUCUCAAACAAUUGACCAUCAGCAAUUCUUCGAGUUCAUGGUCUCAUUACAAUCCUUUAUUAAUGGAUAAAUACAUUCCACGCGGUUUUCAGGGUAAUAACCCAGAAAACAACGAUAAAACAUCCGUAUGGGAUAAUGGUAAAGACUGGAAUACUCCGUGUGCGAGAGAAGGAGGAUGGGUCCGCAUUUAUCCACUGACGCGAAUAAAACUUGAGGGUACCGUUAAUUAUGUAUCGUCUUUAUCGGAAACUACAAGAAUUGCAGAAAAAGAAACCAGAAAUACAGUCCUUUCUAUACAAAAAUACUUGAGAGCUGCCAAAGAUGUACAUAAGAAGAAUGAGAAAUAUAGAGAUGAACAGUAUAACGCUACAUUACGAAAAAUAUUCGAACUAAAUACUGAAAUUUGGCUACCAUCAAAAUAG